AUGAGGAACAUAAACAUGGCCCUCCAUUUUCUUGCUCUAAUUAUUUUGCUUGGACUAGCAAAAUCCAUCAAUGCUCAAGAAGUAGAGGAUGAAAGGGAAUUUGACUAUGCAGUAAAUAGUCCAAAGGGCCCAAACAAUUGGGGUAAAAUAAAGAAAGAUUGGGUAAAAUGCAAUGAGGGGACUAUGCAAUCUCCCAUAGACCUGAGCCAUGAGAGGGUUAGGAUAAUUUCCACAACUGAGGAGAAGAAUUACACAGCCUGUAAUGCUACCAUCACCAAUAGGGGCCAUGAUAUACAGAUGAAAUUUCUUGGGGAUGCUGGAUUAAUGACGAUUAAUGGGACUAAUUAUCAUCUUGUGUCUGCCCAUUGGCACUCUCCUUCUGAACACACAAUCAAUGGCAGAAGGUAUGACAUGGAGCUGCACUUGGUACACGUAAGCACAGAUCUUCAAGUGAAAAAUAAUAUAUCAGUGCUUGGAAUGCUUUACAAGAUUGGCAAACCUGACAAAUUUCUCUCCAUGAUAGUGAGAAAUGUAUCUUCAAUAAUGGACGAGCAGCACAGAGAGAGUCCACUGGGAAUGGUUGACCCUGCAAAAAUUAACAGUCGCAGUAAAAAGUAUUUUAGAUACCAGGGGUCACUUACUGUUCCUCCUUGUACUGAGGGUGUUAUUUGGACCAUCAAUAAAAAGGUGAAAACUGUUUCUAGACACCAAGUUAAUUUGCUUAGAGAAGCUGUUCAUGAUUAUGCAGAGAGGAAUGCAAGGCCACUGCAGGCAAAGAACAGCAGAGAUAUUUACCUUUAUGGGCCAGGGGUGAAUUAA